UCAACAAUCUAAUAAUUUUCAUUUAGGAAGCAGUCGCUGUAGGCUUUAAACAAGCCCUAAGGCCUCACGAUUCAGUAAUUACAGCUUACAGAGCCCACGGGUGGACAUUUAUGAUGGGAGUGAAACCUUUGGGUGUCUUGUCCGAGCUCACUGGUAGACGAACGGGGUGCGCCAGAGGCAAAGGCGGCUCAAUGCACAUGUACACCGAUAAUUUCUACGGCGGCAACGGAAUUGUGGGGGCGCAAGUGCCUUUAGGGGUGGGCAUCGCUUUGGCAGCCCAAUACAAAAACACAGAUGGUGUUUGUGUAGCUUUAUACGGCGACGGUGCCGCCAACCAAGGCCAAGUAUUCGAGGCCUACAACAUGGCCAAACUAUGGAACGUUCCUUGCAUAUUUGUAUGCGAAAACAACGGCUACGGAAUGGGUACUAGUGCUUCAAGAUCUAGUGCAAGUACCGAGUACUAUACUCGUGGGGAUUACGUUCCUGGCAUUUGGGUGGACGGAAUGGAUGUUUUAGCGGUAAGAGAGGCAGCCAAAUUGGCGAUAAAACAUUGCGCCACCGGUCAAGGGCCUGUAGUCAUGGAGGCUCAGACUUACAGGUACUCGGGCCACUCGAUGUCCGAUCCCGGUACGAGUUACAGGACCAGGGAGGAGGUGCAAGAGGUGCGCCAAACCCGAGACCCAAUCACUUCGUUUAAAGAGAAAAUUAUUUCGUCCAAUCUGGUGACUGCCGAGGAAAUUAAGGAAAUCGAUGCGCAGAUUAGGACGGAUAUUGAUGCGGCUACUAAGCAAGCUAAAGCGGAAAAGGAAAUUGAGGCGGAUGAACUUUCGGCUGAUAUUACGGCCAAUCAUUUGGGGGGCGACAUCAGAGGCGUGUCGAUUUUUGCCCCUUUGAAGCACAAACGGGUGGGACCCGCUGUUAAUUUGUAAUCAUUGUUUUUUUGGUAAUAUUAAAUCUUUUUAUUAAUUAGAGAAAUGUGUGUUGGUUCCAUUUUUGUAUUAUCCUUGAUCCAUUUGCGUUAUAUUUAGGCACCCCAAAUGACG